AUGGCUGAGCAGCAGGGCGGGGAGCCUGAGUGCCCUGUCUGCUGGAACCCCUUCAACAACACGUCCCACACCCCCAAAGUGCUGGACUGCUGCCACUCCUUCUGCGUGGAAUGCCUGGCCCACCUCAGCCUGCUGACUCCAGCCCAGCACGGGUUGCUGUGCCCACUCUGUCGCGAGCCCACCGUGCUGGCCUCCGGGCAGCCUGCCACUGACUUGCCCACAGAUACUGCCAUGCUCACCCUGCUCUGCCUGGAGCCCCACCACGUCUUCCUGGAAGGCCAUCAGCUCUGUCUCAAGGACCAGCCCAAGAGCCGCUGCUUCCUGCGUCAGCUCCGUGGGAACCAGACUGAGGACCCCCAGGCCAUGGCCCCGACCACCACGCGUAGGUCCAAUCGCAUCCCCACCUUCUACACCCUGAGCGAGUGUUUACAGGACCCUGAGCUCCCGAUCGCUGCCUACCUGAUGGCUGCCAUCCUCAGUGCCACUCUACUGUCCCUCUUCUUCAUCUUUUGGGCCAAGCAGUCCCUUUGGGGUAUGCGGUGA